AUAAUUUAAUUACAAAAAAAUUUAAUUAAAAUACCAAUAAUAUUUGAAAACAUGGUUAAAACACAAAACAGAAAGACUUCUAUCUAAUUUCCUAUUUCCAGAUCUGAGUCUUCAAGUGAUAAAAACACAUCUUUUGCGCUGAAUUUUAAGUUUUCUUUAAAGUGUAAAUCAGAAAAUGAUAUAAUAACCAAAAAUCAACUCAUAUCUUAGAAAAAUUCAGAUAUAAUUUUCUUCUCAAAUCAAGAAAUUUUUAUAAAGCAAAAGAUCGGUUCGACAAGUAAUUUAGAAUUUAAUAGUAACUAGCUCAUUAAAUCAUAACUUUGUAUCAAUUUUAACGAUGAUUUAAAAUUCAAAGAUGGCAAUGAAGAAAAAUUUUUUACUUUUUAGAAGUAAGAUUAGUUGCAUUCUAAGAUCUAGGGAUUUUUUUAAAAUACUGACGUGAACUUUUAGAUAGGAGAAACAUAUCUUUCUGAUUCGUAUGACACUCUUGAGGCUGUAUCUUAAUAUUUGAAUUAUGAUUACUGCCAAGAGACAUCAAUUUUGUAAGACACACAUACCAACAAAAGAUUAGAAUGCAACCAAUAGAGAUGCAGCAUAUCCUUAAACACGGAUUCAUUAGAAGAAAGUAAAGAAAAUCUUCAUUCAUCUGCCAACAAAAUUUAAGAUGCUUAAAACGAUUAACUCUUAGAUUAUUAAGCUUAAGAUGAAGAUGAUACAAGUUCUAAUAAAUCUUAUUUUUCUUUUCAUCCUAAGAUAACAAAAUGGAAAGUAGAAAACUGGUCUCUAGAUCCUAAGUUUGAAAAAUCUAAUUCAAAACAACUAGAAAAUGUUAAUAAUGAACAAAAGAAAUAACUUGAAAGUUCUAAAACUAUUUUAUCAAAAGUAUUCAAAUUUUUUACUUUUAACAAUAAACCAAAAUCUGAAUAGUAAAUUAAUGUAAAUGUUGGCUCAGAUGACUCCUUCUAUUCUUUCUCAUAAAAAAAGUAAAACCAAAAAGAAGGUAAUAUAAUUUAAGAUGAAGACCAAUCAUAACAAUUUAGUGAAGAUCUAGAGUGGUUAGACUACUAAUUAGGAUUAAUGAGAGACCCAAAUAAACAAAAUAAAAGCUAAGUAUUUGAGUUACAGUAAGUGCUUGAAUCUAAUUAAAAGAUUACCAAUGAAAAUUCGAGUGAAUAAUUAAAUAUAAGAUCAAAAAAUUAAUAGGAAAAUUCUUUUAGUUAAAUUAAUAUUAAAACAGAAAAAAUCCAUUCCGACGGUCAAAAUUUAUUAGUCUAGGCUCCAUCAUAUAAUCCAAUUGAAAAUUUAUUUAUAAAAUCUUAACACAGUUAAGAUUACAUAAGUGCGCAAUCUCAUUUGUCUGAAGAAGAGUAAUUAGUAUAAUAAAAAAUAUUUAUCUGUAACUAAAAUACUAUUAAAGAAGAAACUUUAACAGCAUUUUAAUCUCGGAUUUUUAAUCAACUCUAAUCAGUAUCAAAAAAUGUAAACAUAGACUUAGUUGAAUUAAUUAAAAAUUGGAAAAGUUAAAACUAUGAAGAAACAUACUUAUAGUCAUUUGCAUAACAUGGAAGUAAAUCAAAUUUGAAAAGUAAACUAGAUUAAUUAAUGUAGACAAUCAAAUUUGGUAAGAACUGGCUUCAGAAAAAAAGCUAUUGCUAAAUUUGUACUAAUCCUUAUACAAUUUCGUAAUUAUAGGACUCUCAUUAUUAAAUGAAAUGUAAGCAUUAAUUUUGCAAAAAUUGCUAUACAUCUUAUAUGCUAAAUUGCCUAUAAACAGGUAAGAAAUUUCUUGAGUUUAAAUGUCCUCAAGAAGGUUGCCAAAUUACUGCUGAGUAUUAGGAUUUAACAUUUUUCUUUAGUUUAAAAUAAGUUAAAACAUUAAUAAAUUAAGCUAUUUCAGAUAUUUUGAAUACACAUAAUUCCUACUCAAAAUGUCCUUCUCCUAAUUGUGAUAUGGUUCAAAGAAUUGCUGAUACAAAUUAAUUAGAAAAUGCUAAAUAAGUUAAUGAAAAAGUAUAAAAAAGUGUUUACUGUUCUUCUUGCUUUUAAAAUUAUUGCAAUAUUUGUAAAUAAUAAUCACAUCUUCCAUUAACAUGUGAAUAAUUUAAUUAACUUGAACAAUCUCUUUAAUUAGAUAAUACUUGGAUUAUUAAAAACACUAAAAAUUGUCCAUAAUGUUUUUCAAAUAUAGAAAAAAAUUAAGGAUGCUCUCACAUGAAAUGCCUUUGCUGCUAAUAUGAAUUUUGCUGGGAAUGCCUGAGUAAAUAUAGCUUCUCACAUGAAUGCAACAUAAAGGAUCAAGUAGAUAAUUUCAAAUUAAUUUCCUUAUAAAGACAAACUUACUUUUAAAAUUAUGUAAAGUCCAGUGAAUUUACUUUUAAUUUAAAGUCUUUAAUUUCUAGAUGCUUAUAUUUCUAACAUUAGCUAUCAUUUGACAAUGAAUUUGAAAACACAUUUGAAAGUGUUGUCGAAAUAAUAAAGGCUUACAAAAAAUUAUAAACUUGGUCUUAAAUAUACUCUAAUUAAAAUCUAUUAUUGUUCAUAUCAAAUAAGAAUGAAGAAAAAAUCACCGAUUUAAUGGAUUAGCAGGAUAAUAUUUUUAAGGAUAUUUAAUAGAUUUUAAAAUCUUUAAAUCUAAACUUCGAUAGACUCUCAAGCAAUAAAUUUAAUAACGUAGAUCUUAAAAUACUAAUAUUUUAGCUAAAUUAAAUGGAGACUUAGUUAUUAGAUACUAUUAAAAAAGCUUGUUUACUAAAUUCAUAGAAUAUAUAAUCUCCUUAGCUAUAUUGCUUGCCAUGA